AAAUAAUAAUAAAACAUAAAAAAAAAACAAACAAACAAGCAAGCAAGCAAGCAAACGAGGGGAGAGGAGUAAAAGAAAAAAGAGAGAGAAGAGAGAAAAAGAGAAAGAGGGAGAGGGAAGGAAAGAGAGGGAGAGAGAGACAGAAACAACUCGCUAGCUGGAAGAUAUUUUCUAGCGAUUAGAUUCCACCUGUUAGUUACUGUUACGUAUUUUUGUAGAGUUUUAUCGACCAAAUGGCGGCGAAUGAUGUUCACCCACCUAACGGCAAUGGCGAUCGAUUAGAAUAGACAAUAGAAAAACUAUUUUCGCGUAUUUCUUUUUCUUUCUUUUUAAUUUUAUUUUGUUUUAUUUUUAAAUCGUGUUGUCUCUUUGUGCUUUGUUAAAAAGGAAAAGGAGAAAAAGAGAAUAAUAUAAAAGAGUAAAUAUAAAAGAAAAAAAAUUCAUUUACGAGUACAAAAAAACUACUCUCGUAGAGGAUAAUGAAUGUUAUAUGCGUGCUACUUUGUUAAAAUGGUAGAAAUGUUUUUAAACGAAAUAUCACUCGUGUGUGCGUGUGCGUAUGUAUGUGUGGAAGAGAGAGAGAGAGAGAGAGAGAGAGAGACAGAGUGCACGCCAACUUUUGUUGUUAUUGUUGAUUGUUUUUCCUCGUUUCAACAUUGUUUCGCUACAAUCCAAAAUAUUCGUUGAUUUCUUAUAUCUAUCUAUCUAUCUAUCUAUCUAUCUUUCUUUCUUUUUAAAUGUAUUAAUUUGUUAUUUUUUUCGAAUGAUCAUUCGGAAAAAUGUCAAAGAUCACCUUGCACGCGUAUAUAUAAUAUAUAUAUAUUUUUUUCUUUGUGUGUACGCGUGUAUGAUCGCCAUAAUGUCAACGGUGGAGGAAUUUUUACUCAGGGCAGCUGAUGGAUAAAAGCUGCACACGUUAUUAUGCAUUGAUGUUAAUGAUCUAAGCUCUUCACGGAUUUGGAUUAAGCGAGAGAGAGAGAAAGAGUGAAAGAGAGAGAGCGAACGACGAACGAGCGAGCGAGAGCGAGAGAGAGAGAGAGAGAAAGGUAAAGAUGAAGACAACAAAAAAAAUAAUUAAAAAAAAAAAUAUAAAAAAAAGAGAAGUGAUGAUCUAGUAUCCUGUGUAUUACGUAGGUCUGUUAUAAGCCUACGAAAAGAUUUGCCUUCAGGGUUGACGAGUUAUUCUCAAUCGUUAACGAUGUUGAGCUGCACCACUUACAUACUUACAUAAUACACAUACACACGUGCUGCGUGCGCACAGCACACACACACACACACACACACACACACACACGAGAAUGUGUACAAUUGUACAUUUAACUUUCUUCUUCCUUCCGGCAGCGAUGACAGCCCUGAAGUAUUAUUUAAAAUACAAACGAUUAUAUAUAUAUAUAUAUAAAAAUACAAAAAAAUAUAUAAAAAAAAGAACAAAAAAAAAAAAAAAACGCGUACACGUACGAAAUAGAAAAAGAUGAGUUUCUUGGUUUCUUCUUUUUUUUUCUCUUCACAACACCAGCCAUACGAUAUCCGUCAUUAUUUUUUUUUUUAUUUUUAUCAUUAGUCAUAAAUUAUAAUGAUCGGAUAAAUAAAGAAAGAGAGAGACAGAGUAUGGUUUUCUUUGGCUUUGAACGCGAUAACAGACGCGUUAAUUUUGACUUUAUUUACGUUAACGAAUCGUAGUGGCUUUUUAAUACGAAAAGAAAAAGAAAAGGAAAUAAUUAAACAACUAAGAGAAAGAGAUAUCGUACGUACGUGUAUAUUACGACAUAGAGACGAGAAAAGCAAUAUACAAAUAAUAAAAUGGAACUCUUGCAAAAGAAAAAGAAAAAAAUUGUGAAUAAAUAAAGAAAAGAGAUCUCGAUCUAUCACGAAUAAUAAUUGAAAUGAAAAAGGAAAUACUGUAUUAAAAAAAAAAAAAAAAUAAAUAAAAAUAAAAAUAAAUGGAAAAAAGAGAGAAGAAAAAGAAAAGUCCAUUGGUGGUCUCUCUUCUCGUAAGACCAAAGAUUUUAGAGAGACCAAUUAUUUGCGUCAUUAUUUAAUAAGAAUUAUGACUCAACAAAAAUGUUUAUCGAUCUUCGUUAUUUUAUAAUAUGGUUUAAUCGUUUUAUAUAUAUAUAUAUAAAAAAUAGAAUAUGAAAAUCAAUAAAAAUCAAUUAAAAAAAAAAAAGAAAAAAAAAGAGAAACAAAUGAGAAUGACGAAUCGAUAAACGUUUUUCUCGAGUGAUACUAAAAUCAAUCGAUGGAGUUUCCUUCGCUAAUUUUCAUAAUGCUUAUAUACAUAACUAUUUUUCCUUCCAACAAUCAUCGUACGCAUCAUCGGCAAACAUUCGUCCUUUCUCUCUUUCUCUCUCUCUCUGUCUCUUUUUUUCUCUCUCUUUUUCUCCCACUCUUGUGAAUUAGCUUGAUGCGAUUAAACUAUGAUGUGUACAAAACUAUCGAUUGUAUAAUAUUGUAAUAAUUAAUAACGCAAGAGAGAGCGAAGGAAACCCCUAAAAUUCGCACGCUCGCGAGUUAAAUAACAGAAUAAAUUGACGUCAACAUAAUUCGAACAACGUAACAAAAGAAAAAUUAAAUAAAUAACGGAGAAAAAGAGAAAAUAUAAAAACCUAAUCGUUCUAUAAAAUAUGCGAAUAUACUUUAGAAAAGUAAGUUCGUUGUUCCAAUCGAGAAACACGUCGAGCGUGUGUGUGUCUAUGUAAAUUUGCAAAUUACGAUUACGAGCUACACGUAUAUGUAUAAUUGACGCUUUUAUAAAACGAAAAGUUAGAGUGUAAGAUAAGGUGAAAGGAGCGAAAGAAAAAGAAACGGACAAACGUAAAAUAAAGAAAGAAAGAAAGAAAAAAAAACAAAAGGAAAGAAAAUACAUACAAUAAAAAUAAGGCGAAUAUCGAAGUUUAUUGUAUAAUUGACGAUUCAAGAAAGGAAAAAAAAAGCCGAGAUAGAGAUGAUGAUGAUGAUGAUGAUGAUGAUGAUGAUAAUUGAUGAUCGAUGAUGAUAACGAAGGAAAAGACAAAAAUAUACAAAUGGCCAUAAUACAGAUCUGUAAUUGUAAUGAUUCGAUGUUGCGAAAGAAAUAUGUUACGACGAAUGCGUGUAUGUAUACGUGCGUGCAUGCGUGCGAGUAAAAAAGCGAAUCAAUGAAAAUAAUGUAUGAAAGAAAGAGUGUGAGAGAGAGAGAGAGAGAGAUAAACAUGUGCGAUUGUGAAAAAGGGGAAGAAGAGGAAGAAGAAGAAGAAGAGAAGAAGAAGAAUAAGAAGAUAAAAAAAAAGCUAACUAUUAGUAUUUAAGCGAAGAAAAAAGCAAAAAACAAGCACUUUCUUGUAUAGCAUUGUAAGAUUAUUAUAUUCUAAGGAUAUUAUCGUUGCGUCCGUGCCGAUACACUUCGAUUAUUUUAUUAUUUCUUAUUUUUAAUGUGAGAUUCACAUUAAUAUUAUCUCGUUAUAUUUGCGGGAUAAAAUAUAUGAGAUUCAUUUUUUCAUUCCUCUAACUUUAAAAACUCGCGUCUAAUUCCCCUUUCAUCAUCCUUUUCAUCGUGCUUGUAUCAACAAAAAAAAAUGAACAAAAUAAAAUAAAAAAAAAAAAAAAAUACACUUAUUGUUAGUUAGUGAGUUGAAGAACGUUUAUCGAAAAAAAAAAUAAAUAAAUAAAAUACAAGGCCUCGGCAUAACGCAACGAUAAAUUUAUUCGUGCAACACGUUAUACAUACAGUUACACAAAAUACAUGCAUAUACAGAAAAACGUAUACACGUAUAUGUAGUACGCGACUCCUUGUCUAAACCCACACUAUUCACUUAGUACAAAAGCUGCGUUUGUAAACGUUCGUUCCAAUGUUAUUCGUCUUUGUAAAAAGAGAGAGAGAGAGAGAGAGAGAGAGAGAGAGAGAGAGAGAGAGUGAGAGAGAAUAUAUAUGGAAUGUGUGACGUAUGUAAGAAGAAUACGUAAAGAAAAAAGAAAAACAAAAUAAUGUGCAGCAUAUAAAUCGAGUGAUAAGUGUGCGGGAGGAGUGAGAUUUUGAUUACAUUUCUUAUUUUUUUUCUUUUUUUUUUUUUUAAGAAGAGCAACAAUAACAACAAACCAGUGAAAAAAGAUAUGAUGAAGUGAGAAGAUCGAGAAGAAAAUAAUAAUGAUAAUGAAAAAAAAAAAUGAUAAAAUACAAUAAAAUAAUAAUAAUAAAAAAAAAAAAAAACAAUAAAAAGAAAUGAAAGAACAUGGUCAUCUUUUAAUUGGUUGUACAGUGUAAUUUUUUUUUUUAUUUGUUUUUCCAAAAAAACAUCCUCCACCCGCCCAUUAAUCUUCUUUCGUGAUCGCAAAGGAUCGAUCAAAUUUGACGAAUUCUUUUGUUGGUAUUUUGCCAUAUUUACACACACACACACACACACACACACACACACACACACACACACACACAAAUAUAUAUAUAUAUAUGUAUAUAUACACCAAUAUCGUUCGAAACGAGCGACUUAUAUUUAGAUCGCUUUUGGCGGUCGAUCUUUGCGAGAGUAAGAGUAAGAGAGAGAGAAAGUGAGAAUGGGGGGGAGAGAGAGAGAGAGAGAGAGAGAAAGAGGAAAAAAUAUAAGAGACCUUCGUUCUCUCUUUUUUAUUAAAGAGAAAAAUAAGAAUUUUUGUGGGAAAUGAAUCCGUCGUCAGUACACACACUUGUCUACGCUCUAAUGGCAUUUUUGUAAAUAAUAAUAUACGUUCGAAAAAGAGCGAAACGUUGGUACAUCGAUUCGUACAUCGGUUUUUUUGAAGGAAGAAAAAAAGAAUAAGAAUAAAAAAGAAAAACAAAAUCGUCGUUGAUCUUCUAUCGAUAUGAUGACACAUACACGUACACAUCAUGAAUCCGGUGAUUAUGAGAUAUUUUUUCGUAAAGAGAUAUUUCGAUGUAUUUGAGGAUAAUAUGAAUUAUCGAUAAAAAUUUGUUUAUCUAUAAAGAUAGAAAAAGUAAAUAUAUUUAUAUUCGAGAGAAAGAGAAACAUUUUUUUUUAUGUAAUUAAGAAAUUUUUAAAACAGCCUCUCUCUCUCUCUCUCUCUCUCUCUAUAUGAGAUAAAUACGUACUUAUGUCUUUUAUCUAAUAUCUCAAAUGAUUUAUAAUUAGACUAAUUUCAUAAUCACACCGGACUCGCAUACGAUCCAACGCGUUGAAUUUCUUCUUAAAUUUUAUUCGAGUCUCUCUCAAUGACGUCAAAGAUGAGACGACGUUAAAAAAAGAAAAAAAAAAAAGAAAAUUAGAAGACGCGAGUUAUCUGAUCGAUAUUCCGAGAUCGACGUCGAUCUUCUUAUCAAUUUCUUAUUCACAUAAACUGGGGAACUCAAAUAUGGAGAACUUACCCUUAUUAGCGAUAGUGCCUAUUAUCCUAAGAGUAGAAAAAGAGUGUGACGGAAUCAACCAUUUUUCAAUGAACAUCAAUGAUGCAUCGACAUUGAUAAUCAUUUUUUUCCAUCGUCGGCAAAUAUCUUUAUUUUCAUUCAUUUUCAUCUCUUUUGUUUUCCCAUUAAUCUUAAAAAAAUAUGUAAAUAGAUUCGAUGUUUACUGCAUCAAUUGAUUUUUUUCAUUCACAGAUCAUUUCUUUUUUAUUGUUUUUUUAUUUUUCAAUAAUAUUCAUGAUUUUUCUCGUGCGAUUGUAGAUCUUUUACGAUCUCCAUAAUUCAAUAAACAAACAAUUAUACAAUUUCAAUUUGUAAAAUGUUAUAUCAUCGAUUAAUUCUUAUGAGAAUUUUAUAAAUAUAUAUAACAUAAACAUAUAUUCCCAACGAUUGUGAAAGCGGUUUAACUUAAAGAAAAAAUGUAAAAAGAAGUUAAUUUAUUGCAUAAUUCGUAGGCCGAUGACCUAAUUAUACGAAUUACACGAUAUGUAACUAAUCUUUUUUCUUAUUUUAUUUUAUUUUUUAUUUUUGACUUGGACCACUUUCAGAAUCGAUUAAUAAUCACCCGGUCAUAUCUGUCGUGAAAUACAUCUAUCAUCUUUUUAUUCUUUCUCUUAAUGAUCCAAGAUGUGUCUCUAAGGUUAUCAAUGUGUAUAGUCUCUAUGAUCUUAAUUUAUAAUCUCGCCGAGAAUAUCGGUGUUAUAUAAUUCGUAAUUUUACUUUGCGUUCCUGACAUGUUUCGCUGUUAAGAUUUGUCCUAAAGCUAUGAUCGAUAGGAGAAGAAAAGAGACGAACAAAAUUUUAUUUUUUCACACACAUUUCUGUGCUUUAGAAAUUAAAAAAAAAAAAAAAAUAUAUAUAUAUAUAUACAUACAUACGUAUAUAUUCCUUUCGAAGUGAUUUAGAGUGCACACAAAUUUUUAUGUGGCUAUUAGAAGACAUAGAAAAAAAGAACACCUAAAUAUCAAACCUCAACACCGAUCGAGUGAUUCCUCUUGAUAGAAAAAAAAAGAAGAAAAAAGAAAAAAAAAUGAAAAGAAAAAAAAUCCAAGUAGAUGCCUUGUCAUUAUUAGUCUCGUAUUAAUAACAAGACGAAAUAAAUGGGGAAAAAAAAAAAUUAAAAUUAAAUGAAAUGAAAAAAGAAAAAAAUGAAGGAAUCUUCAUAGUACUUUUAAUAUAUCCUCCGAGAUAUAGAAUUUUUAAUGGCCUCCACAUAGUAGCACUAACGAGAACUCUCUAAGUUUUCCUCUCGUACUAUGCGAUCAUGCCAUAAAUAAUUUUUAUUUCUCUUUUUUUUUUUUCUUUGUCGAUAUAACACGUGGGAGUUUAUUUUGAGAUGUGAAAACCGAGGGAAUGACUCGUCUUUAAAAUUAGAAGAGUGCGUGAUAAAAAUAGAGAGUAUGUAUCUGGCACGUAUAUAUGUGCGUGUGUAUGCGUGAGAGAGAGAAAGAGAGAUAGAGAGAGAGAGAGAGAGAGAGAGAGAGAAAGAGAGAUAGAGAGAGAUAGAAGAUAUUCAAAAGAAGGUUUAAAAUACAAUAUAGUAACGCAACGUGUUCGCCUAAUUCUUUGCUCGAUCGUACUUUUAAUGAUGUAAUAACCAUGAGAAUAAUCUAUUUUAUUCUCUUGCCAAAAUGGUUCCUUAAAAAAAAAAAAAAAUAUAUAAAAAAGAAAAUAAACAAAAAAAGAACAAAAAAGAAUAUAUUAAAAAAGAAAAAAAAAAACUGUUAUCAUUUUCGAGAAGGAAGCUUUCGUGCAAGCACGAUGCGUUACAAGAUUUUUUUAUCUUCAGUUUGAAAAUGCGCGCGUUUUUAGCCUAGAAAAACCUGUAAAUGUUGAGACUGUAUUAAUGAACGUACAAACAACUUUUAUUAUAACGCGUAUUAUGAUAUAUCGAAAUGAGUUGAAAGGAAGGUAGGAGAGAAGGAAUGAAGAAAAGAUUUAAAUCUUGUAAGAUCGUCCAACAAAAUGAUUAGAAAAGAGCUGAAUAUUUAUAAAAUCGUGAUUUUUCGCUCGGAAUAAUAAUAAUAAUAAUAAUAAUAAUAAUAACGCGAGUAUCAAAAACCUAAAACGAGUUGCUUUCUAAAAUGAUUAAUCGGUGUGUAAAAUAAGUGCGGUUAACACUUAUCGCGCAAUGGCGUCAUUAGAAAAAAUUCUGUCCUCUCCAAUUAGAGCGCAUAUUUUUAUUUACAACAAAAAAAAAAAAAAAAGAAAAGAAAAGAAGAGAAAAAAUAAUCUUUAAACAACAAAUAUUACUAUUCCUUUAUUUCCCUUCGACAAUGGUUCUUCACUUUUUUUUCGGUAAUAAUUUCUUAGAUUUUUAUUUAUUACAAUAUUUUUUUUUUUUCACGCGAAUAUUCGUUGAUUUCCUCGAUGCGAGAGAAAAAAAUCUGAACAUGCUACUUUUUAUCUGGAAAGAAAAAGUUUAACGCUAUGUAAUUCGUAAAAUGAGAAAAGAACAAAAAAAAAAAAAAAAGAAAAAGAAAAGAAAAGACGAAAAAAAAAAAUGAAGAAAAAGAAAAAUAGGGCCAUAAGAAUUCGUCCGUAAGAAGGGGCGAUCUAUAACUUAAUUUUAUCUAAUCUAAUGACGGAUAAAUAGAAAGACAUAGAGAGCAUCGAGAAUUUUUCUGAUAAAGAAAUUAUAAUCGUGAUCGUUUUAGACGAGAACUUCGAUAUUAGAAUAACUAAUGGAUAACUUGGCGGUGCUGUUCCCUUUGAUAUUUUCACUUCGGCGUAAUUGGGAUUACUAUUUGCGAUAGUAUUGUACUAUAUUAGUAUGUUUUAUCCUAUGUGUAUGUAUGUACGCACGAAGAGUAUGAAGAGUUGAUAUGCAAUGUCGAUAUCGCCGCCAUAUUCCAAAGAUCCCGCCUUGCAUUUUCGAUUUAAUCUCGUUAACGAUUUCACACGAUUAACGACGAAUUAGAUAUAGGUAAAGUGCUAAUUAUACAUAUAUAUAUAUAUACAUAUGUAUAUAUAUUAAUUGGCACCUUUCCUUUCUACGUUCUUCGCAAAUAAAAAUGGACUCUUAAUAUUGAAACGAGUUUGAAGGUUAUACAGUACAAGUCGAAGAGAAAGAGAAAGAGAGAGAGAAAGAGAAAGAGGGAGAGAGCGAGAGAGAGAGAGAGAGAGAGAGAGAAAGGGUGGAAUAAAGUCGAUGUUAAUUACGAUACAUUUUUAAAAAGUCAAUAAGAGUUGUGAAAUCUCAUAAUGGUUAUUGAAUGCUCGUGUUUUAUCGAUAAAAUAGUAUUUAAAGUUUGGCUCGUAAGCCGACAAUGAAUAAGCCUUCCAUAUAAAGAUUGACUUCUUACUUCGACUGGCUCAUAUCAAAGAUUUUGCUUAAUACGAACGAACACUUUUGUACGUUGCUAUGCGAGAAAUAGACGAUGAAUAUGGAAAGGGCAAAAUUGAGAGAGAGAGAGAGAGAGAGAGAGAGAGAGAGAGGGAGGGAGAGAGAUAUUUACAAAGAUGGCUGAACUUUUCAUUCGAAGUAGCGAUCUUUUUGAACGCGAAAUGAUCGCGUACGAGUAGAAAUUCGUGCGAAUGCAAUAAAGUUUGGCUUAAAAAAAAGCAAAGAAAAGAAAGAAGGGUUGAGGGAGGAAGGGUGGGAGAGAGGAGAUGUGUGCGUAAACGUUGAAAAGAUUUUGUAACAUUACUAAGACUAACAAUUAAAUCGUAUACUUUAUUCAGAUAUAUGCAUUAUUAAUGGGGAGCAUUGAAAAAAAAAGAAGAUGAAAUAAAAAAAAAAAAAAAAAAAGAAAGAAGUAUCUGAAAUUGUUAUCGCAUUCUUUCAUUUUCUUCCUUGAUUUUUCAUUUUUUUUUCUUCAUUCCUUCUUUUUUUUAUGAAAAAAAAGGAAAAAAAGAAAAAAAAAAUCUAACAAAACAAUUUCAAUUUUAUAUGUUAAUUAGUUUCUCUUUCACGUUUCUAACAAUCCUACCCCCGGAAUAUCGAUCAAAUAAACAAGUCCCCUUGGUGUCGUUGACAUUACGUGUUAUUUCCUCUUUGAGCGUGGACAAAAAGAAGGUAGAAAAAUACAUUGCAAAAGGACAGAGAGAAAGAGAGAGCGUGAGAAAAAUUAUUAUUCAUUUAUUCGAACGUUGUGAAAUAUGUCGGUGAGUUCACGAACUGAUUCGAAAACGAUUUUGAAAAAUCAAACGGAUAAGCCACCCUUCAAACUUUGUUUCUCCAAGCAACAACCAAUUGGACGAUCGGAUGCUUACAUUUCUAAAAGCAAUGCGAACUUCGUGACGCCAAAAUUUUAUUCGAGAGAACUCGAGGAUUUGCAAAGGAUCGAUGUCGACGAUACGAUUAAACGAUUGACUAACGAAGAAGAGAAAAUUCCAAAGGAACUCUAUCGUUGGCCUUUACUGACCAGUCACACUUAUGGCUGGUGGCACGAGAAAGGUAUAGAACCCAAGGAUCAAAGAUUUCAAUUUCACAAGAAAACGUCGGAUUUAGUAAGCUUUCAAAUGAAGAUAUACGCCGAGGAUAAAAAGACGAAAGUACCUGAUCCUCAACCGGCCUUUCGUGCACCGAUCCUUCGAGAAAGUUACUCCAAGGAUAAAUUCUACGAUAAAAGAAAUCGCUUGUCCAAGGAUAGACCAAACGGCGAAUGAAUUUCUUCGUCUGUUUCUUUUUCCGAUCGUAAAGGUAUUUUAUCGGCUCAGGUAUUAAAAAGAAAAGAAGAGAAUAAAGGAAAAAGAAAUGGAAUCCUUUCGAGAAUAUCCUUUCGUGUAUCGAACACGAUAAAUGCUUCGAUUAAAGGAAUAAAUAAUUCGCUGUGAAAGAAGUGCUUGAUCUUCAAUGAAAAUUCUUUAUUCCAUAUCGAGAGUAAAUUUGCGCGCGCGAUUUCUAACCUAUAGGUUAAGGAACGAACGAAUUUUUCCCGCGCGAUAAUACUCACGUAUAUA